AAUGCUCUCACCACCCAUCAUUAAAACAAAACAAAAAAAAAAAGAAUGCUCUCAUCGUCUCACAUUUGCCAAACAAUCCAAAGUUCCUCUUUGAUACCGAAGCACACCCAUUAGUUCAACACUAAAAGAAAAGUCUAAAAUUUGCCAACUGAAAACUUAUAUCUAGUCCCCAAUUUCCCAUUUCUCAUUUCCAAUUUUCCUCAAACCCUAAAAUUCAGUGCUUAAGAAAGGUGUAAAACAAUGAAAGCUGUAGUGAUAACAACCCCAGGAGGCCCAGAAGUGUUGCAACUGCAAGAUGUGGAAGACCCCCAAAUCAAAGAUGAUGAAGUUCUAAUCAAAGUUGAAGCAACUGCCCUUAAUAGAGCAGAUACCCUUCAAAGGAAGGGCUCUUACCCUCCCCCACCAGGAGCUAGCCCUUAUCCUGGUCUAGAAUGUUCUGGAACUAUCCUCCAAGUUGGCAACAAUGUCACUCGCUGGAAAGUUGGAGACCAGGUUUGUGCACUUCUUGGUGGAGGAGGUUAUGCUGAGAAAGUAGCUGUUCCUGCUUUACAUGUUCUUCCUGUUCCACCGGGUGUUUCUCUUAAGGAUGCUGCAAGUUUCCCUGAGGUGGCAUGUACUGUUUGGUCUACUGUUUUCAUGAUGAGUCGACUUUCAGCUGGGGAAACGUUUUUGGUUCAUGGGGGCUCUAGUGGGAUUGGUACUUUUGCUAUUCAGAUAGCUAAAUAUUACGGAGCAAAAGUAUUUGUGACAGCAGGCACCGAAGAAAAAUUGGCUUUCUGCAAAGGUAUUGGAGCUGAUGUGUGCAUCAAUUACAAGACAGAAGAUUUUAUUGCGAGAGUGAAAGAAGAAACUGCUGGAAAAGGCGUUGAUGUUAUAUUGGACAACAUGGGAGGAUCUUACUUGCAACGGAAUAUUGACAGUUUGAACUUAGACGGGCGGCUUUUUGUCAUCGGCUUGCAAGGUGGAGCAAAUUCACAAAUUAAUCUUGCAAGUUUGCUUUCAAAGAGACUCACAGUGCAAGGUGCCGGUCUGCGGAACAGAACUCUGGAGAACAAAGCGGUUAUUAUUAAGGAAGUGGAGAAGAACGUGUGGCCGGCAAUCAUCGAAGCCAAGGUGAAGCCAAUAGUUCACAAGUACUUUCCCUUAUCGCGAGCAGUCGAGGCCCAUCAGCUUAUGGAAAGUAGCAAGCAUAUUGGCAAAAUAUUGCUUGUUCCAUGAUAAAUGAGAUGCUUCAUCUCCAUUUCAAUACUUACAACUAAAACAAGUAUAUCAUCAUUAAAAUCUGAAUAGCAUAUAGUUCUAGGUUGUCCUCUAUAUCAUCUAUAAAGCUCUAGAAAAAGGUUUGCUUGUUAAUUACACCGUUAAUGGAACUUGUGCUUUAAGGAAAAAAUUUGUAUUAUUGUCAUGCUUGUAUUGAAAGUAAAUAUUUAUGAGAGAAAUAAAGUCAAACUGAGAAAAUAAAGUUACAAGAUGAUAAAUUUAAGAGAUAUAAUUGUUGUUGAGGGUAAGAAAUGAUUGUAAAGUGAUAGAGAAUGAGAAAUGGAGGAAUUUUAAUAUUUUCAUUUGUUUUCG